ACAGAAGGGAGGGAAGUGGGAUCAAGCGGACGAGGGAGACUCGGCAGCCCCGGAGGAAUCGCGAUGACGAUUGACACGCUCGACGCGUCGUUAUCCACAGGCCACGAGUGUUGAGAGGGAUUCACUGUAGCGCGGUACUUGAUUGUGAGGCUUACGUCUCUACACGACAUCGUUCUUGAAUAGCUUGGGAGCUGUCGAAGAAAGUAAAGUGGGUCCUGGAAGAGGACCCAAGGAGAGCGAGGAGAGAAGCGUCGAGACAGGAUCCGGCGUGCGGGAACGUUGGCAGGAGCUGCCUCAAAAUGUCGUACGCCAAUCGAUUCCCAUCCUCUCAGCACACCCGUUAUCGCAGUAGCUGGGGACCGUCCUCGGUUUCUGUCUUUAAUCGCGCCGACGUGCCGCGACCUUCGCCAGAGGAGGAAGAAUUCGAGUUCUAUCACGAACGGCUGCACUCGGCGCAGAGUCGUCAGCUGAUACCACUUCAGGAGGACUUGGCCGAUUGGAUCAACAAGACGAUAAAUGUGGAUCAUAUAACGGGUGACAAUUUCUUUGACGUGCUUGAUAAUGGAGUAAUUGUAUGUCGACUGGCAAGAGUUAUCCAGGAAAAGGCGAGAUCUGCGAUUGAGGCUGGACGGGCGAAGGGACCGGCACCAGUAAUACGUGGUCGCUGCUGGGAGAAUGCAGCCCGUCGCAGCUUCUUUUCCCGUGACAACAUGGAGAACUUCAUACAAUUUUGUCGGCGGCUGGGCGUCCACGAGAAUCUUCUCUUCGAAAGCGACGAUCUCGUUUUGCAUGGCCAACCACGAAAUGUUGUGCUGUGUCUGCUGGAAGUCGCGAGACUGGCGGCCAGAUAUUCUCUAGAACCGCCUGGACUGGUGCAACUCGAGAGGGAAAUUGCAGCUGAACAAGAAAGGGAUCUUCACUGUUUGUCUGACAGCGGUAUAUCACAUAGUAGUCUCGUCUCUUGGCAGUUCCAGUCACCAUCGCCGACCGCAACACCCAGGACACCAUCGCCGGAAAAGAUCAAACAUAGCAGCUCGGCGUCUGAAGUCACAACGGGCACACGAUGGUUGGAUCCGGUAACCGGUGCUGCACAUGAAUCUGAAAUGCGAAGGUCCGUUAGCGACAACGGACCGACUGGAAGUGAUGGGGUGCCCAGCGACACUACCGAGGAUGAUUGGUCGCGCGGUAGCGUCGAAGAUCCUGAUGAAGUGCCGUCGCCGUCGAGUUCGCCAUCACCGUCGUCGGCUGAACCACCGGAACACACUGGGCCGAUAACAGAACUCGAUCGCAAGGUGCGAAGAGCCACCGAGGCCGUCCAGAGACUCUGCCAGUGCCCGUCGAAUAAGUGCUCCAAGCUGAAGGUGCGCAAAGUCGGCGAAGGUCGCUACCAUAUCGCGGGACGUAACGUUUUUAUCAGACUUCUCAAGGGAAGACACAUGAUGGUGAGAGUUGGCGGCGGGUGGGACACUCUGGAGCAUUUUCUGGCGAGGCACGAUCCCUGUCAGAAGUGCAAGAGCACAGUGUGCAAAGGAAUACCAAAGCAAAGAAACACGCGACGAGUAAUGUCGGCUCGUUGAAGUUAAUUAAACCGUCAUCCGUGAUCCGUUUAUCGUGCAUGUCAGUUACGUCGGAAGACCGUGGUUGUGUCUUCACGAUGAAAUCGAUGUCUUUUAUGAAAAUAAUCCGUUCACGGCGUUCCAUCAUCCUUUGCGAAAUAGAAUCAGUGUUAAAUUGCGAUUUGCACUGCAAUAAGCUUAAGUUUAGCGAGCUAUUACUGGAUACAGGGCCUUAUGUUACUGCAGAUACGAUUACUUUGCGAAGAGAGUUAUUUUUUAAUUUAAAACUGCCCUGCUUAAUUAAAAUAAUUUUCGCCAUAUUAUGUAAUUGUAUUGUAAAUAAUACGUUGCUCUGACAUAUCAACAGAUAAGUGAUUUAAGUUAAUCGUACCUGCUUUAUACCAUGGAUUUUGCGUAUAAACUGUAUGAUCCAUAUAUCUAAUAAGUUAUUUAUAUAUAACUUGUCAAGCGCCUUUUUAUUAUAGAUUACGUUAUUGAUAUUGCGCUAACAUGCGAUGAGUAAAACAGAAGAAACUAUGUUUUGAUGAUAUUAAACUGUUACAAAUUUAUUUGGGUUAUUAUUUAUAGUAGAAUACUGAAGCAGUAUAAUAUUGAUAAACAUAUUUUAAAACAAAUUAUUGUCUAUAUAUUGUUUUGUCGUAAUGAUUCGGCUAUUAAUAAAAUAUUAUGAUAGCAUUGUAUAUGUAUGUUUAGUCUUUGUUCAUAAUAACUGCACUAGGCUUUCGCAAUUUUGUCUAAUAUGCGGGAUAUAUCGUACGCAACAUUUAUCUUAAUCUAUUCAACUAAGUUCAAAACUAUGAUGUCGGUUGUUAUAUUUUGUUGAACAAUAAAAUAUCUGACAGUAAGAUAUUUUCAAACA